UGCUUCUAUAGUCGGAAUUCGGAUGUUGCAGACGAUGAUGAAUGUUUGAAGGUGGUUCAAAUUUUGAAUAACUUUAGUAACUUUCAAUAUGGUAUUUGAAUUUAAGCAUCGCACAUUCUCCGCAAGGUAUUUGCUACAAGGCAUUGAUUUCAUAGUUUCACUCCAACCUCGUAUCAGCAACAAUACCAGAGAUAUUUGCUUCCCUAGAAUUACAGCACCGUGAAUAGUUGGUCAAAUAUAUUUGCUAUGAAUGUGAUCACAUAAAAGCUGGGAUCUGUGAAUCAAUCACCUCUGGCCAGUUCUUAUUCCAUCAUCUGAGAUACAAAAAACUCACCAUUCCGUUUCCAGGGAUGAUCGACAAGAACAAGCCAAUCCGAGUAUUUAUGGACCACUUAGGCUUAAUGUGAGUGUGAAAAUCCUACCACAUCUUUCAUCAAGAUGGCUAUCGGGAAUGUGAUUUGUGGCGCAAACACUCCAAAAGUGAAACGAAAGAAGGUCAAGACAACGGCACGGAGUUGGAUAGAAGCUACUUUCCAGAAGAGAGAAUGUGCCAAAUUUAUUCCUAGUCCACGAGAUGAACAUAGGUUGAAAGAGGUAGAAGGCGAUAAGGAUGCCCAGUAUGACGUUAUCACAACAUCCAGAUGCUGCUGCGGCCAUUCUUUUACUUUUCAUUGUGGGACCGGAGCAGAUGUACAAACUUGUUCCACUGCUACCUCUGGCGAACAGAAAGCUGAUAUCGAGCGUGAGAUAUGGACUCCAGGCAAAAACACCAGAGCUAGUGCAACCGACGCGUAUGGCACUAUAGAAUUUCAGGGCGGACCUCAUCCCACCAAAGCUCAGUAUGUGAGGCUAGCUCAUGACACACGACCUGAACCAAUAGUACAAUUAUUGAGGCAUGAAUGGAAUCUGGAUUUACCAAAGCUUCUGAUUACUGUUCAUGGCGGUAGAUCGAAUUUCGAAUUACAGCCAAGUUUGAAAAAAAUCUUGAGAAAGGGCCUUUUAAAAGCAGCAAAAACCACUGGUGCCUGGAUCUUCACGGGGGGCACAAAUACUGGUGUGACUCGUCAGGUUGGUGAUGCACUACUUUUGGAGCGUUCCCAACGGCAAGGGAGAGUUGUCAGCAUUGGUAUAGCGCCUUGGGGUAUCCUUGAAAAUGCCCAUGAACUAGUUGGCAGAGGUCGUGAUGUACCCUAUCAUUCCAUCGCAUCUCCAAGAUCAAAAUACGCGGUUCUGAACAGCAGACAUGCCUAUUUUCUUUUAGUCGAUAAUGGAACCGGAGGAAGAUACGGAGCUGAAAUUAUGCUCAGAAGAAAAUUGGAAAAGUACAUAUCCAAUCAGAAACUGCAUCCAUAUACGCACAGUAGUAUUCCAGUUGUUGCACUGGUCAUUGAGGGAGGAACCAAUACGAUCCGAGCAGUUCUUGAAUAUGUUACAGAUGAUCCCCCAGUUCCUGUCGUUGUAUGCGAUGGUUCUGGACGCGCAGCUGAUCUUAUUGCUUUUAUGCACAAGUAUGCGACAGAGAGCACCACGGGUGAAAAAGAAGGUGAAGGUCUAUUGGAAGGGAUGCGGGAGCAUCUUUUGGGUACAAUUCGUCGUACCUUUGAAGUAUCUGUCGAACAGGCAGAGCAGCUUUACUCUGAGCUAUUACAGUGCACACGCAACAAGAAUCUCAUAACAGUAUUUAGAAUAACGCAAGAUCGGCCUCAAGAACUGGAUCAAACUAUUCUCACGGCUUUGUUCAAAUCUCAGCAGCUAUCACCAGCGGAACAAUUAUCUUUAGCUUUAACUUGGAACAGAGUAGACAUAGCUCGUAGUGAAAUAUUUGUUUAUGGACAAGAGUGGCCUCCAGGCGCUCUCGAGCAAUCUAUGAUGCAGGCUCUACAGCAUGACCGUAUUGAUUUCGUCAAGCUGUUGUUGGAAAAUGGGGUGUCCAUGCGUAAAUUUCUCUCUAUUCCCCGUCUUGAAGAUCUAUAUAACACCAAAGAGGGACCAUCGAAUACACUUGGCUAUAUAUUGCGAGACGUCAGACCCCACAUACCACGUGGCUAUGUGUAUACCUUACAUGAUAUUGGUCUUGUGAUUAAUAAAUUAAUGGGUGGUGCUUAUCGUGCUCAAUAUACACGCAGAAAGUUCAGAGCAAUUUAUUCGAGGGUGAUGAAAAAGUCAGCGGGACAUGCACACCAUGCUCACGCCCACAGGACUAUGUCUAACGCAGCCUUUGCAGGGCGUUGCUACUCUGUUAGCGGAGCUGCUGGAAAAAAUGAUAGUUUGACCAUGAGUCUAUUAGCUGAGACUCUACCUGGUGACCGAGAUACUCCGUUGUUCGAUUAUCCUUUCAACGAAUUACUAAUUUGGGCUGUUUUAACUAAACGUCAGCAAAUGGCGCUCCUAAUGUGGCAACAUGGAGAGGAAGCCUUGGCAAAGGCCCUUGUCGCUCUAAAACUUUAUAAGGCAAUGGCGCAUGAAGCUGCUGAAGACGAUCUUGAAACAGAGGUGUAUGAUGAAUUGCGUGGAUAUGGAAAGGAAUUUGAGAAUAUCGCCGUAGAGCUUCUGGAUUUUUGUUACCGACAAGACGAUGAUCAAACACAACAGUUGCUAACGUCCGAGCUUCAGAAUUGGUCAGGUCAGACGUGUUUGUCGCUUGCCGUUACCGCCAAUCAUCGUCCUCUCCUUGCGCAUCCUUGCAGUCAGAUAAUUCUUGCAGACCUCUGGAUGGGUGGGCUACGAACUCGUAAAAAUACGAAUCUUAAGGUGAUACUUGGCUUGUUGUGUCCACCUUACAUUACAAGACUCGAAUUUAAAAGUCGAGAGGAGCUACAGUUGAUGCCACAGACACAAGAGGAGCAUUUGAUCGCUCUUGAAGAUGAGGAUGAAGAUAGCGAUUAUGAACAGGGACUCACGCCAACCAUGCCGCAGACGCAAGUUCAAGUACAUCCAGAAGUUGAGAAACGUCCGCGUAGCAGCUUGAGCAUUCGCAGCAAAUCCUCUUGCAGCCAGCAAGGGAUCAAGGCCUUGAUUUCAAACGAAAACGGAACUGUCACCGUAAAAGAAACUAUCGUCCAAGAGAACGGAAAAGUUAUGACUGAUCACGAGGAUUAUAUUCAUAGAUUUGUUCACUCACCUCCUGAAUAUUACGAUAUUAAAACAAAUCGACCACUACGCCUCAAGAAAAAGUUAUACGAAUUUUACACUGCUCCAAUUACCAAGUUCUGGGCAAGCUCGAUCGCGUAUAUAGUUUUCUUGGUGCUAUUUUCUUACUGUAUUCUUGUGCGAAUGAGCCACACACCUUCUUGGGCAGAGAUUUAUUCUAUUGCUUACAUUUGUACACUUGGCUGUGAAAAAAUACGUGAAAUUGUAUCAUCGGAACCAGCGACUUUGUCUCACAAAUUCAGUGUGUGGGCUUGGAACAUGUGGAAUCCCUGCGACGCAGCUGCCAUUCUAUUUUUUCAAAUUGGACUUAUUCUACGGCUACGACUUUCCUCUAUGGAAACAGGCCGCGUUAUCUACUGUGUAGAUUGCAUAUACUGGUACCUGCGAAUACUUAAUAUUCUCGGCGUCAACAAGUACUUAGGUCCUCUGGUAACAAUGAUGGGAAAGAUGGUGAAAAACAUGAUUUAUUUUGUUGUGCUAUUGCUAGUUGUUCUUAUGAGUUUUGGCGUAGCUAGACAAGCUAUUCUUUUCCCGAACAGUGAACCAAAGUGGCGGAUUUUGCGAGACAUAUUCAUCGAACCGUAUUUCAUGCUUUACGGAGAGGUUUAUGCCGACAAUAUUGAUCCGGAUUGUGGAGAUGAACCAGGAAUGAUACCGUGCUUACCGGGUCGCUGGAUAACACCGCUUGCUAUGUCGGUCUACCUGUUAGUUGCGAAUAUACUUUUGAUAAACCUCCUGAUCGCUGUGUUCAACAACAUUUUCAACGAAGUAAACGCUGUCGCACAUCAAGUUUGGAUGUUUCAACGUUUUACAGUUGUCAUGGAAUAUGAACAGAAGCCAGUACUCCCGCCGCCAUUAAUUAUCGUUUCGCACAUUUAUUUAUUGAUCAAGUACAUCAUACGAUAUAUACGACAAGGUGAGAUGCGAUCGACGGAAGCAUACGAUAAUGGGCUGAAACUCUUCCUGGAGGCUGACGAUAUGGAGCGAUUGUAUGAUUUUGAGGAGGAAUGUGUGGAGGGAUAUUUCAGGGAGCAAGAACUCAAACUUCAGAUGUCGACGGAUGAGCGUGUCAAAGUAACGACGGAGCGAGUCGAGAACAUGCAUCAGAAGAUCGAAGAUAUUAACAAAAAGGAAAACAAUCAAAACGCUUCAUUGCAGGCGGUCGAAUUCCGAAUUCGUAAGUUGGAGGAAUUGAAUGAACAGACAUUGGCCCAUUUAGGCGUCAUUCAUCGUUUUAUGGCAACACAUACGUCGCAUGUAGAUCUUUUGAGGAUAGACGGUAAUAUGGAACAGCGUACGAGGCGAGUGUCGGAACGGUCAGAACCAACGUCUGAGUCGGAUCUGCACGUGCAAUCACCUCUGCUCAUCCCUCGGCGAAAGAAACUUCUAAGAUCGCUAACGGACGCGGCAUUUUUUCCUACAACCACACCGAUAGAAGAUGAAGUACCGCUGCGAGCGACGGUGCUUAGUUCGGUGGAUAAUCUUAGCAAAAACGAUUCAUCGCUCAGUGGGGAUCGACCAGUUUGUCGUCAAGAUUCCAAAACAUCGGAAAGUCACGCGAGCCAUUUCAGCGUCGAUGAUAAAACUGAAAACGAAAUCGAAGAACAUGAUGAAAGAGCUGAGAGUGUAGAUGUUACUUUGAUGCCUUCUGAAGCCAGGCGAGAUUCGUCUGGGCAUCCUCCGUCCGUCAAGCAAUCAAGUCGUACGCUUUCGGAGCCAGACAAUUUUCUCGCACCUCCAGCUUCCGGGGGGCAGAGAGGUGUGACUUGGGCAGAACCCCGAGUUGCCGUGAUACCUAAUAACGCCGGAAACAACAACGCUUCUUCUAAUCCGAGGUCCGUUCUUCUCAACAUGCGGGCUGAGUACACGAGUAUAACAGACGAACUUGAAACUUACUGCGGUUUGCUGAGCCCUCCGAGAACUCCUCCGGUCUCACCGCCUCCGCGUCGUGGAAGGUAUGCUUCAGAAAUGUCGAAUCCUGAGAUGGCACUUCACAUUGAAAAAGAGCACUUGCGCGAUGCUGAAGAUUGCGAUUAUCAACUUAUGGAGGGUCUGAUACAUCGACGGUAUAUGAACGAGUCUGAUAUGCCGGAGGAUACCGACGCAGCCGGGCUUGACGACGGAGCUUUUUUUCUUACGGUACACAGCGAAAGACGACCACUUAGGAGAGCAUCCGCGGUCGAAGAUGAAACUUUCAGGUCACGGCCUACCAUCAGCGUUACUAGAGAAAUCGAACAGACUUUAGCUCGACCGCCUCUAAGGGACAACGAAAUUGGUGCGCCCGUUGAUGACGGUCUUAACACCGGCCCAGCACCAGCCUCGGAGACUAUGUGCUGAUUCAUAUUAGAUCGUAUACCGGAUAACUUAUUCGGAAGUUUUGACUUGAAGUUGUUGACUCGUAUUUAAUUAUGGAAUCUCAAAUAUCAUAGGGUCAUAUUAUGUCAUAUCAAUGGCUGAUAACGGUCUGCAUUAUUAGCUUCUUUAUUCCGAUCUUUUAGCUGGAAUUUACAGCCCGUCGAUUUUCUUUUGGUUUUCAAAUCGGGCAACAGCUUCCAUUAAAUUUUAUUCGGUAUCUCAUCAGAUUCCUUACCGCGUCGAAUAUCAGGUUUCAUUGACCAAAGAUUUCUGUGGCAAUGCGGGAAAUCCGGGAGGGGCGUAGUCAGGAGAGUUAUCAUUAGACUUAAGAUGUUUUACACGAAAAAAUUGAUAUUCAAAAAAUGAUGCCUGUAUCGCAAUAUUUGUAUGCAUGACACAGAUCUCAGCGAGAAACGUUUAGUUGAAAGUUGCCUGUGGUACAUCUUGAGACGUAAUCCAUCAACCGACUAUCAUGAAUGGUUUUUGGUCGAUUUAGCUCACAUACAAAACGAUAGCUUCUAACAAUAAAAAAUUAUGUUGGUAAUUAUCUUCUAACAAAAUAUUCCUCGUACGUAGGAGCGGCAGUAACGGUGGCAACAGCAGCAACGGCGGGAGCUUUUGUAAGAAAUAAGUAAUUACAGGCGUUGGUUGCCAUAUCUCAUCGCUUUCAGGUAUAGAAUAAUUAAUUAAAUACGUAUACCGCUUUUAGAGAUUUUACCCUAAUAUUUUAUCAGAGCUUAAUAGCGAAUAGUGAAUUUUGCCGAAGAUUUGAUUAUUGUGGAAUUUUUAAUCAGUUUUUAAUAAUCAUAAUUUGUAGGUAUAUGUAUAUACAUAGAUAAAUUGAUUAACUUACAUGCACAUUACAUGUAUGUACGUUAUACUUUUUCAUAGUAAUAAUUAACAAUUAACAUCGUGUGUUGAAACUACUGUGUGUGUUUUCUAAUUACGUACAUAUGUAUACAUAUGUUUAACAAUUUUCAAAGCUUUGUGAUCGAGAAUUUUUUCAUUCAAACUUUCAACGCACCAAAAGCGUAUAAUUAUGUACGUACACACUAUAAUAAUUGCUCAAAAAAAUUCCUAUAAAAUUCGUAUUUUUAAAAUUAUGUAUUGAAUUGAAUCUUCCUCACGUACACCAACUUCAAACAAGUGCAACGAUCGCUGUAAACUAAUUAUAUACACAUACAAGAGUUAUAUAUAUGUACAUAUAUAACGUUAUUUUAAACAAUUUACAUGAUUUGUUGAUUAAAAUUUAUUGCAGCCAGUGAUUUUCUGAGCUGCUGUACAUAGAUUUCUAGGUUUUUUCAAAUCGAUGGCUCAUAUUUUUAUGCUGGGUGAGAUAACGCGUAAUUAUUCAAAGAAAUUGGGAUUCUGGCAAUAUUACUCCAGAGCUUCACUUGACUCAAUUUCACAAGCUGCUCCAAUCUAGAAUCGUACCGUUUAUUGAAUAGUUUUGUACACAACGCCAACCAUAGGACGCACGAUCGCUAAACUAGUCACUAUAUACAAGCAAUUAUACAUAUACUCGCGAAUUGUUAUUGAGUAAUUAUGAACCAUCACGUAAGUGUAUGGGGAUAUACUUAUACGUGUAUUGAUAUACAAAGUUAUAGUGAAAUAAUAAUUCACUCAUGAACAUUCUACGCAUGGGUAUUUUGCAACUGCAAUUGUUACCAAUUAAUACAGUUAUACCUCGUGUCGCAAUAAUUCCACUAAUAGUAUAUAAUUAUACAUAAAUGGCAGACUAUAUACAUGUUGAAUACGAUAUAGAUGUAUUUUUCGCGACUUCAUGUUACUGUAUAUUCUCAAAUCAUUGUUUAAUUUUCAGUCGUUUUUUUUUCUUACUAAUUUCUCUGAAAAUGUGAUAAAAAAAAAGCACAAAAAUUUUGCUGUUCGUAUUACUGGCAUCUUUACGAUCAGUCCGCGUUCCUUCAGCACUGCGAUAGAUAUAGUGAAUAAUUUGUAUUGCUGGUAUACGAGUGAUUGAAGAAAGCGAGACAAUAAUAUCCACGUAUUCGAAUAUAUUUUCUUAUCUCUUAGUUGAAAAUAUUUUUCUUUAUAAUAAAUAAUUACGCCAUCAUGUGUAUUGAACAGUUGUUACAAAAAAUUUCACGAGGAUGAAUGAAACUUGGAUGGAAAAAAUAGUAUGAGCAUUUCAGCACAAACCGAUUAUAGUCGUUUUGAAUUCAAACAUGUUUGUACGGUGGCUUUACAAUUUUCGGUGUAAAUCUUCCUCUAAUGUUCACCGAUACAUUCAUUCGUAUUGACGAAAUAUUCAGUAUGAUAAUUUCUAGACAAUUACUUAUCAUGCAUUACGUGCUUAUUGAAUUAACGUGAGUAUGAUGAUUAGGUAAAUAAUUGCCCAUAGCCCUUCUAGCAUCUAGUGGUAUUAGUACAAUUUCUAAAAUUCUUCCGGACAGACUGACUUGAACGUAAACAUAUUGUCUACCACGUGUUGCGUCUUACCAGCUAGCGAAUGUAAAUUCUACUGCCUCGAUGUCACGGAAUUAGGUAACAUAAUUACAUGUACAUCACAUGUGUCCGUAUGAACCGUAAAUCAGGUGACGGAAUACGGUUUUAUGCAGAUUGUUAUAUCACGAGCUGUAAGAUAUUGUUAGAAUACAAUUAAUUGACGAAGUCACAUCCCUGAUUUAUAUAUCGACAUAUCAUUUUAUAUGUAAGGAUGUGCAGUUAAACAAAACAAAGAAAUAUUAAUCAAAUCUCUGAGGUACAACUCGAUAUUCCUCGUUAGUUUUUUGCUGAGUGGGAAUGAUUUAUUUUUAUAUAAUACGCAACAACAUAUCAGUACACAUUCAAAUUUUCCGAUAUCUAGUAUACUAUAGCCCACAUUAUUCAAUCAUGACAUCACGAAAGCGAAGACUUCAAUUUACACGGCAGCCGGUACCUAUUUAAUUUUCUUAUCCAUAUGUAAAUUAGAAAAAAAAAACUUUCUUCUCCCUCAGCUCUACCUCGGAACUUUAGAGGCUCUAAAUGACUCGUCAGAAUUUGUAUGUAUAGCAGAUAAUAAUAACGAACGAAGAAAUAAUUGUUAUCGAAACGUGCUGCCGUCUAAACGCUAUAAUAUGAUAUCUCGACUUUUGUAGCUAUGUUACAUAUUCUGAAUUUGUUAUUCUGUACAACUGCUGUAUAAUAAAAUCAAAAUCAUGUUUCCACAA